AUGAAACUGUUCCCCCUAUGUUUGGAAGCGCUCUACGCCAUACUCUUAUCGCUGGCUCUUGUGAAGUUCACUGCCGCCAAAAUCUAUGUCUGCCUACCAGACGAUUCAAAAAACAAAACGUGCUCCCGCCUCCUCCUGCCCGAUAGUCUCUUCCGGCCUCGACUUAUCCCUCCCCGACCCUUCACCAUCGCUUCCGACAGCGCAAUGGACGGCUACACAAGACGCUUAACGGCCUACCGGACGCGGGUCUGUGCUUGGCUAGAGCGAGGAGGCAUCUUCGACAGCGCCUUAGUGCCACUGCCGCGCCGUCGAGCCCUCUUGCAUGGCCGUCUGCACUGCUCUUCACCAUCCCCCACCUCUGCCACCUCCUCCCGAUGGGGCCCAGCCCCCACAGGAUGCAACCCGCGUUGGGCCGACUAUGACGACCCUCACAUGCGCCUGUAUGAAUUUCAGUUGCACACCUGCGGCAACCUAUAUUCUCCACUGAGCCAUCCGUAUUGCCUCAGCAACCGUGUCGCCUUCGAGUUGCAGCAGCGGGGCACCCAACUUUACCUCAAUGACUUUCGAUGUCGAUGCAAGACUCCCGCUGAGAUUCUCGAAAUUACCUACUCCAAACCCCUCCCCCCCACAAAACGUAUCAUCGAACCCCGCUUCAUAAGCAUGACCUGUCGGGCACCGCCUCCUUGCCGAAGUUUGACUACACCAUGUUUUUACGAAAUCCCUAAUGCGGAGGGAUUCCUGACCAGUGGAAUCUACGCCUGCCAAUGUCCCAGGCGUUACUUCUGUGAUGCCUAUCACAUGCGAAAGCCACGGAUGCAUUCACGAACAAACACGGGGAAGAGUAUCUACUUCACCUUCUGUCAACUCUCCUUACUUUGA